GGGCCAGCCAUGCGAACGCCCGGCCAAUGGGAGCGGCUCCUCGCGGUGGGCCGUGGAGCCUCGUAUGCAAAUGAGCAACGCCCACCGUCGCCUUUCCUCGUGAACGCUGACGUCACGCACGCGCGGCCCGUGUUGGUUCCAGCUGACUCUCCGCUCCCUCCCGUGGCGCGCGAGAGAGAGGGGUGAGAGAGAGAGGGAGAGAACGAGAUAGACGAAAAUAACGUGUGUGUGUGUGUGUGUGGGGAAGAGAGUGAGUGAGAGCGAGAGAGGGAGGGAGAGGGCGGGAGGGAGACGAGAGACAUCAGCCCCAUCCAUUUGACUCGCACAUUGUUGGACAUUAUUAUUUUUGACGCAAUCUUUUAUUUUUUUCCCCACUUUUUAAGCUUUUUUUCUAUCUCAACGGGGCUCAUUUAUCUCCAAGUUUGUUUCCCAUGUUUGGUUUAAAUCCCGGAGACUUCCCACGGCGCCAUUCCUCCCGUCCUAACGCACUGAGGUCCUCCUCCACGUCCGACUGCUGAGCCGCGCUGUCAUUCUCCACCACCGCUUCGACUCAUUUCGGAUUCGGGUGUUUUUCCCGGUCGGAGACCACCGACCACCACAGGGACUAUCGGGGGUCGGAUCGCAGCCCGGGAUCUAUACCGUCUGCGACCCGACGGAGUGAAGUUAGAGAGCUGCAGCCGGGGAGCGAGAGAGAGGAGCGGAGGGGAAUCCGUUCUCUCUGCCGUCUUCAUGGAGCUUCACCCGGCCGACAUGGCUCCGUUCUCCCGCUAGACCCUCCCUUUAGACCCGCCUUCAUGGACCGGACAGCGGGCCGCCUCGCAUCGAGUUAACCGCCGGGCCGUCGGGCACCUGUCAGCCUCCCCCUACCGGGAUUAUUGUGCGUGUGAACCCGGUGUGUUGUGUGUUGUGUGGGGGACCGUAGCGGGCCUAUACGCCCACGGAGCCUGUCAGCGUCGAGGUCCACCGGCCAUGUCACGUCCGCUCACCCAGCUCCUACCGCCUGAACACCCGGCCGGAGCCAGCCCGCACCUCGGGAGCAGCAACCCGCCCGGAAGUGCACCGAACGGCGGUCACUUGACCUCCAUGGCCAGCCUCAAGUCUCUGCUCCAACUGCCAAUCAAAGCUGACCCGCGAGCCGCCAAGGACUGCUGCGAAAUGAAAGACAAGGCCAAGCCCCCAGACCCCGAGGAGGAGGCGGUGGGGGCCCCCCCCCCGGCGGUGCCGGCGGGGGGGCCCCCGGGCGCGGGGCCCCUGCGGCCCAGCUCCCAGUCGGCCUUCCUGGGGCCCCUGCUGUGGGAGCGCACCCUGCCGUGCGACGGGGGUCUGUUCCAGCUGCAGUACAUGGACCUGGAGGAGUUCCUCACGGAGAACGGCAUGGGCAUGCACACCAACGGGCCCAGCUCGGCCACCGCACAGAUCCCCUCGCAGAGCCCCCAGUCCGCGGUGCCCAACCAGAGUUCUCAGUGUCCGCCCUCCUCUCCUCCUCCCUGCUCCUCCUCUUCCUCCUCCAUGUCCUCCUCUUCCUCCUCUUCCUCGCUCAUCGGUCUGGAGACGGUGCAGCCGCCGCCACCGCAAAGCAUCAUGGGAGCAGCGCCGGAGUGUCUGCAUGCAGGAAGCCAGACCCCUUCCUCUGACCCCUCGCCCUCUUCCUCAUCUUCCUCCUCUUCCUCCUCGUCCUCCUCGUCCUCCUGCCCUCUCGGUCCCCCCCCGUCGGUCGGCCCGCCGCAGGUUGCCGACGGCAACAGCGACGUCCUGGUGAACUUUGACCCUGACCCGGCAGACCUGGCCCUGUCCAGCGUCCCGGGCCAGGAGGCCUUCGACCCGCGGCGCCACCGCUUCAGCGACGAGGAGCUCAAACCGCAGCCCAUGAUCAAGAAGGCCCGCAAGAUGCUGGUGCCCAACGAGCAGAAGGCGACCGCAUCCAAGGACGACAAGUACUGGAGCCGGCGCUACAAGAACAACGAGGCGGCGAAGCGCUCCCGCGACGCGCGGCGGCUGAAGGAGAACCAGAUCACGGUGCGCGCCGCCUUCCUGGAGCGGGAGAACGCUUCGCUGAGGCAGGAGGUGGCUGACAUGAGGAAGGAGCUGGGACGCUGCCGCAACGUCCUCAACAAGUACGAGAGUCGCCACGGCGACCUGUGAAGAGGAGCGGCGGGGGGGGACGGAGGGGGAGACGGAGGGGGAGAGGGGGACGGGGGGGAGCCCGACAACACGGCACUUUAGCAGGGGGGGGGCGAGGGGGCCCGCGUAGACCUGCAGCAAGCAUGGGGCCACACCUGGGGCCCCACCUUGGGCCCCACCUGGGGCCCCACCUGGGGCCACACCUGGGGCCCCACCUGGGGUCACUUGGGUCACCUGGGGCCACUGCUGGGGCAACACCCGGGGCAACACCCGGGGCAACACCCAGGGUCCCCUGGGGUCACCCGGGUCACCUGGGGUCACCUGGGGUCACCUGGGGUCACCCGGGUCACCUGGGUCCCCUGGGGUCACCUGGGGUCACCUGGGGUCACCUGGGUCCCCUGGGGUCUCCUGGGGUCACCUGGGUCCCCUGGUCUCUCCAGGUCCGACCCGGGCCCCCCCGGGCGUGUGCAGGUGUGUGUGCAUCUUGUCCAGGUGUAUCUCUGUGUUUGUGCAGGUAGUGCGCUGGCCCCGCUCCCCUCCAGACAGGGUGUUAGCCAGUGACCUCAUGGAGCCGGGGGGGGGGGGGGCGGGGGGUUACAGAACAGGAGACAGAGGUUCUAUUUUUGGAGGACAGCAGAUGGCGGCAGAGGACAGAUUUUGACAUAAAGGAGAAGUGUAUAUUUUUCUAUCGCAGAGACAGCCAGUUGGACCAGAGAUUUUGGAGCUAGUCUUUUAUAUAUUUUAUAUGUGGGAGGUGGGUUACAGGGAGGGGGGGGGGUGUCUUAGCGAGCGGGGGGUCUAGCGCGGCCACCGGCCACGUCUCACCAGCACUAUGCGCGCCAUCUUCUACAACCUCCUACGCUGGACUCAAAGACAGGCCGUCUAGAAUGUAUGGGGGCUGACCCGCCCCCCUGGCUCAGCCAGGUCCCAUCCAGGGGGGGGGGGGGGGGGGGGGGGGGGACCGGGGAGGAGGAGAGGAAGAGGGAGAGGGGGGAGGGGGGUAUAUUAUAGUUGAAAUAUAUAUAUUGAUUUGUUUCUAUGUUUGUAUCGUGGCCCCAAGAAAGCACUUAUUUUAAUCUCUUUGAGGGGGGGAGGGAGGGAUGUAGGGAGGCAGAGUGGGGGAGAGAGGGAGGGAGGGAGGGAGGGAGGCAGAGUGGGGGAGAGAGAGGGAGGGAGGGAGGGAGGUAGAGUGGGGGAGAGAGAGGGAGGGAGGGAGGGAGGUAGAGUGGGGGAGAGAGAGGGAGAGGGAGACUGCUGGAUCUGAAGAGAUGUGUACAGACCAGAUUUGGUGCUCUUGUCUCACGUGCACACUCUCACGUGCACACUCUCACGUGCAAACUCUCACAUGCACACACGCUAAUAUCCUACCUGCUCCUAACACUCAACCCCUCUUUGUGUAUGAAAGAAUGAUGUUAUAAAGACAUGAACCGCACACACAUACACACACACACAAAAACCCAUACACAUACACACACACACACACAACCACACACACACACCUACACAAAUAAACAUACCUGCAAACAAACAACUGCACACACAACUAACCAAAUACACAAACCUACACACACAAAUACACAAACCUGCACACAUACACACCUACACACACACACGCACACACACACACAACUCCCGGAAAUAACAUGCGCAAAGACAUUCCCACAUGCACACUUGUACACACACACACACACAUACUAAACUGCCUGAACUCUUAGUUGUGUUUUUCUUAACGUCCGUCUGGGUUGUUCCCGUGAACCGCGUCAUACCUCCCAACAACGCUACUGUACUAUACAACCUUACUAUUAAAACUAUUCUCUCACUAGAUAUAUAAAUAUACAUGUUGAUAUGAUAUAUGCUUGAAUUAUGUGACUAUAGCUGUAAAAAAAUAUAUAUAAUUUGAAUAUUUCAGUGUAGAAAAUGACAGAUCUGUCCUGUUUUAAUCUCAGGUGUGGAUCUGAUAUACAUUAAAAUACAAACGUGCAAAAAACCCAUGCAUUGAUCACUCACGUUGUGGCUCGACUUCUCUUUCCUUUCUUUCUUUGGUUUAUUUAUUGGUUUAUGUUUUAUCGUAGUUCUGGAUGCCGACCGCAGGGCCGAACCAGGUCCAAUCUGAUUAAAAUGACUAAAUGUUCUUGAAAAUAAGUUAUUGUUAUGUUGUCUGCAAGUACAGUUGCUAGUAUUAUUAUUAUUAUUGCUGUUGUUGAUAAUAUUGAUAUUCUGAAACUCCUUCUUUUAGUAUUUUCUUCACAGACAGUUUUGGUUUUGAUUCCUCUAUUUAUACCCCAGAACAACUCCAUUUCCCAGCAGCCUGUUCACUGGCGAUACCAUCCACAGAUACUGUACGCCCCAAAUGAAUUAUGGGGGUUGUAGUUUUUUUCCUUAUGUUUCUUGGGGGAGAAUUCUUUCCAUCACACAGACUUUUUGAACCUGUAACAGAAACUGCCAGAGCGUUGUGACGUCAAGUCGAUGGAUUUAGGAAGCCAUUUUUGAAGUCUCUCUUUCUUUUCUUCUGAAAAACAGGAAUUUUCUGCGGACAUUUCAGAAACCUUUUCGAAGAAAACUUUUUAAUGUUACCUCUUGUAACUCGUGCUACAACUCGGCCAAUACAAAAUCGUGGAAGUUAUGGUUUUCAUACUGUACGAUAAACGGCAUUGCGGGUAAUACGUCAUUAUGAAUAACAAUAACAUUAACAAACAAUAAUGCUGAAAACAAUAAUGUACACAAUCGUGUUGGUUUGUGGAUUCUCGGCUAGCUUCUCCUUGUGACUGUUAGGAACUACAAGUCCCAAGAGCGCAUCACUCCCCCUGUUCCUCACCAGUAUUGUCUCCUGCCCACAGGGAUGAUGGGAUAUGUGGUUCAGCUUUCCCCCCACCAAAAAAAACACCAAUAAAAGCUUCUUCUUAUUGGCUGA